AUGGAUUACUUGAACAUAAGAAAGUCUUUCUUUGCAUUCCUAUUGGUCCUGUUUGUUUCAUCAUUUUCUGCUAAAGCUAAUGCAUCAACUUCUGAUGAAGAGGCUGCUGCUCUUUUGAAAUGGAAAGCAAGUUCUGGAAACGUGAACAAUAGCUUCCUGACUUCAUGGAAUCUUCAGCCUACGAAUGCCAAAAAUUCUUCAAAUCCUUGCACAUGGGCUGGUGUUUCAUGCAUUGAUGGAAGUGUCAACAGGUUGAAACUCACAAAUUCAAGUGUCAAAGGUACACUCGAAGACUUUCCGUUUUCAUCCCUCCCAAAUCUUGAAUAUUUGGAUCUCAGCUUGAAUGAAAUUUCUGGCAGCAUACCUCCUCUGAUGGGUAAUCUCUCGAAGCUCAUUCAUCUUAAUUUGUCUUCAAAUUUGUUGUCCAAAAAAAUCCCACCUGAAAUCGGCCUGUUAUCAAAACUUGAAACCCUCCUCCUAAGUUUAAACAACUUUUGUGGCUCAAUUCCAAUGGAAGUAGGCCAAUUAAGGUCACUUAUGCAGCUUUCUUUGCAUGCAAACAACAUCCAUGGUCCUGUUCCCAGUUCCCUUGGCAAUAUGAAAAACUUGACUUUUCUCAGUCUCGGCUACAAUAUGCUUUCAGGUCCGAUUCCCACAGAAAUAGGAAAUCUUUCCAAUCUAGCUUACAUUAAUAUGCAAAGCAACUAUUUAACAGGUCCUAUUCCCCCAGAGAUAGGGAAUUUGAAAGCACUUGAAAGUCUGAGCUUGUCUGAAAAUAAUCUCAGAGGUUCAAUCCCAAAAUCACUAGGUAGCACAACCAACUUGGCUCUUCUUUCCCUGGACAGAAACCAAUUUUCUGGUUCAAUUCCUGCUUCCUUAGGCAAUUUGAGUAAACUGGAAAUUCUGGAACUCCACGAUAACAAACUUUCUGGUGCCAUUCCGGAAGAGUUGGGACAAAUACCAGAGUUGGUUAUGUUGGAGAUGGGGGAAAAUCAGCUCUCUGGUCAGCUACCCAAACAACUUUGUCAAAAUAGCAAACUUAUGUACUUCAGUGUGAGCAACAACUUGCUUACUGGUCCAAUCCCAAGAUGCCUGAGAAACUGCUUAAGCUUAAUUAGGGCCACUUUUAGUGGGAACCAGCUAACUGGUAACCUGACAGAGAUGUUUGAUAUACUUCCAGGCUUGAAUAUGAUGGACCUUAGCAACAACCAUUUCUACGGGGAGCUCUCAGGAUAUUUGUUGAGAUCUGCAAAUCUGAGAAUUUUGCGGAUGGCAAACAAUAACAUCUCAGGUUUUAUACCUUCAGGAUUGGGCAACUUAUCUCAAUUAAAUGAACUUGAUCUUUCUUCAAAUCAAUUAACUGGUGAAAUUCCGAAGGAAAUUGGGAAAGUAGCUUCUAUUAUAUAUCUGCGUCUGCAAGACAAUCAAUUUUAUGGAAGCAUACCUCUAGAAAUAGGAAUCCUAACAAAUCUGCUUUAUCUCGAUGUGUCCUCAAACACCUUGACUGGAUCCAUUCCAGGAUACUUAGGAGAUUGCCAGCAACUUUCUUAUUUAAACUUGAGCAACAACAAUUUAAGCCAAAAGAUUCCAGUUCAAAUAGUUAGGUUAGAUCACUUAUCCCUUUUGGAUUUAAGUAAUAAUUUGUUAUCAGGAGAGAUACCUUCUGAACUAAGCAGUUUGGAGAACCUCGAAGUGUUGGAUCUCUCACACAAUAACCUCUCUGGCUCUAUUCCUAGGGGCUUGGGAAAAUUGCCUGACUCAGUUCAUAUUGACCUAUCCUUUAAUAACUUAGAGGGUCCAGUUCCAAAUGGAACGGCUUUCAGGAAUGCCACCGUAGAAGAGUUAAAGGGAAACAAAGGCCUGUGUGGCAACAAUGCAGGGCUAAAACCUUGUGAAAAUCCUCAAAGGAAGGAGAAGGGGCACAAACGUGUUCUCAUAAUUGUACUCCCUCUUGUGGGAUCUCUCAUACUAGUUUGUGCAUCUUUGGGAGUUCUUAUCUGUUGUGAAAGAAGAAAAAGUAAAAGAACAACCAAUGGACAUGGCAUGGAUGUAAAGGAUGACAAUCUGUUUUCUAUAUCCACAUUUGAUGGAGAAGCAAUGUACAGAGAAAUCUUAAAAGCAACACAAGAAUUCAGUGACUUGUUUUACAUUGGAGGAGGAGGUUAUGGAAGUGUUUACAAGGCACAACUUUUGUCUGGUGCCACACUAGCUGUAAAGAGACUUCAUGACUUGUCCGAAAUGGCAGAUCAUGGAGGUUUCUUGAAUGAGAUAAGAGCUUUGACAAGAAUCAAACAUCAAAAUAUUGUCAACCUUUAUGGUUUCUGCUCAAAUGCUACACAUUCCCUUUUGGUUUAUGAGUACCUCGGACAAGGUAGUUUGGCCAAAAUUUUGAGAAUAGAUAAAGAAGCCACGGAGCUGGAUUGGGAAAAGAGGGUGAAUAUCAUUAGGGGUGUUGCUGAUGCUUUAUCUUAUAUGCAUCAUGAUUGUUCACAUCCAAUAGUUCAUCGGGAUAUUUCCAGCUACAAUGUCUUGCUUGAUUCAGAAUAUCAGGCUCGUAUUUCUGACUUUGGCACUGCAAAGCUUCUCAAGAAGGGCUCGUCUAAUUGGAGUGCUCUUCGAGGUAGAUGUGGAUCUAUUGCACCAGGUAUUAACUUUGCAAUUUUUGUUGGUGGGCUCUACUUUGGUAUAGCUUGUUCGUUAGAGCAUAAGCACCAGCAAUCCUGA